AGUAUAAAAGUUGUCCGGUUCGGUAUAGAACGAGAAUCAUUUUUAAUUGUUAUUAGAAAAAAUAAUAAUAUUUAGUUUGUUAUUAUUAUAUAUUUAAUAGAAUACAUAAAAGUAAUAUAGAUAUAAAUAGCAAUUAUACAUCGUUUAAUUUGAUUUUUAUGAAAAUGAAAACAUUAUUCUUUAAAGAGGAGGAAGAGGAAAUGCACACAUCGCCAUUAAUGGAGUCCUAUUUUUAGUUUUACCCUUUUUCUUUUGGCGAGAGUGAGAAAUAUGAUUCCAUUGACAAACCAGUAAGCCCCUUUUUCUAAUCAUGGCCUGAAUUUUGAGAUUAAAUUUUGGUGGUGGACCCUCUAAAUCUCUAAUUCCAAGAUAUUUAGGUGUUUUUCUUUUUUCAUUAUCAUUGUGAGCGUAAAUUGAAUAUCAUAUACAAACAACUCAAUUGUAAUAUCAUUAUCAUAUGCAUUAUUGGGGGAAAAACGAAAUCAAUUUCAUGAGAAGCCAUCUGUUUGAGUUGACGAAGACAAAUCUUGACACGCUUUCUACCUCCAAUUUUGACGAAGAAUUCCUUCCAAUAAAUCAACCCGUAGAACUAACUUCUGUGUGCUAAAAGUCUUUUCAGUCUUUCCUUCAUCACCACCACACAUCUCCUCAUUGCUUCACUUUCAUCAGUCAAUUAAUCUGGUCUUCCACAGCAGUCAUGUCCUCACCGAUUGAUGGGGUAGCUUUUGCAGAAUCAAGUAGUGCCAAUGAUGCCCUGACCACUUCGCACAUUAUCGACUCCAUCCAAAUUUUGAUUAGUCUCUUCUCAACCGCCAAGGCUUUGAUUACUUCAUCUCUGCCAACUGCCAGUAGCACCACCGCCACCAUAAGCCAGGACAACAAUCAUGCUAGCAGCAGCAGCAACACUAACAUCGAGUAUCAACAGUGGCCUGAUCAGAUGACUAAAUGGGUUGCGGAUCUAAUUUAUAUCAGAAAUGCAUCUGGCAAUCUCCAAGAUUUGCUACUUAAAGUCAGGAUGCAAUUCGAUGCUCUUCGGCAACAGGGACAAAAACUAAAUCUUGAUUUGGGCAUUUUAAUGCAGAAUCCUAAUAGCAUCAGUGCCUUAAGAGCAAAGGAAAUCCAAACCAAUGUCCUGACAGUCACUGAGAUUAUAAUGAGGUUGAAACAUCACAUCCCAUACCCACAAAAAAUGAACUUGGGUAGCCAUGGUAAUGGUGUCAGGAGUGUCCGUAAUGUGCGAGAUCUAUUUGAUGUGUUGCUUCAAUUGGAAGCUUAUCAACAAUUUCGGGGUUGGUCCGCUUUAGAAUAUUUUGAGGAAACUUUUGAGCGCCUUACGCCAAGCUAUCAGCACUGUUUGUUGUGCUUUUCUGUGUUCCCUGAAGGCGCCGUUGUAAGCAAAAGGAUGCUAAUGUAUUGGUGGGUGGGAGAGGGCUUCAUCUUCCCUGCAGUUAAUAACUAUGAUGAUACUGCUGAUGAAAUUUUGAGCGUAUUUUUCAAGAAGGACUACAUUCAACCUGUUAUCGAGCAGCAGAGAUUGGUUGGAUUUAGGAUGCAUGCACUGAUCCGUUUUGCAGUAGUUUUCCUGGCAGAAAAACUUGGGUUUUUCAAUUUUAAUUCAACAUGGAAUCCCACGGGGGAUUUCUUAUCUUGUGGAAGAGCUAUUAUGGUAGAAAAUGCAGAAGGAAAUUCUCGGGAUAUAAUAAUGAGUUUGAAUCCGGAAAAACUUAUCACUUUGUUCAAUAUCAGUGACCGUUUUCCAGACUUCAAAGUGAAGUGGUUCUUGAAGAUGAGAAAUGUUAAAGUUCUUUGCCUGGGAAGGUGCGCCGAUCCUACAAGUCACAUUGAAGUAGAGGACACCAAAUUUCUGAAGGGAUUGAAGAAUAUGAGGCAUCUCACGUCUCUCAGCCUUCAAGGUGUCUCUAGAAUUGAAAGGCUUCCUAAUGAUGUUACCAAGCUUAUAAAUCUGAGAACUUUGGAUCUUAAAGCAUGCCAUAACUUGGAGGCACUUCCAGACUCGAUAGGAUCACUCCGAAACCUCACACAUCUUGACAUUUCUGAGUGCUACUUGCUAGAUCGCAUGCCCAAAGGGAUAGAAUUGCUCUGGCAACUUCAAGUCCUCAAAGGUUUUGUAGUUACCGAUAAGAAAAUGAAGGGUGCAGGUUCUCUUUCUGAUUUAUCGAGAUUAUCUUAUCUGAGGAAAUUGAGCAUCAGCACAACUAAAAGGGAUUUCCCUACGGCCAAAGAGCUGGAUGCCCUCCAGGAUUGUAAGUCGCUCCAAAAGCUAACAAUUAUUUGGGCUGGGACAUCUGAUGCCAAACAAUUGACGAGGCCGAGUGCCUUGAAAGGAUUGAGUAGAUCAAAUGCAUUUGGACGAAAGAAUGACCAGCUGAAUAGAGCCUUGACUUUAGUUAACGAAGAGUCAAUUAUGGCUUUGAGUCCUAAACUUCCCAAGACUUUGGAGAAACUAGAUCUCCAGUUUUUUCCAGGAACUGAAGCUCCUUCGUGGCUAAUGCCUAGCAAACUCAAGUACCUUGAAAAACUAUACAUCAGUGGAGGGAAUCUCCAAGGCCUGAAUCAAGCUGAGGAUGAGUGUCAUAAGUGGAAUGUUAAGAUACUAUGUCUGAAAUCCUUGCCUGAAUUGAGUAUGCAUUGGAAGGAACUACAAGAUGCAUUUCCGAAGUUGGUUUAUCUAGAGAAAGAUAAUUGCCCUAAUCUGACUUUCUUCCCUUGCGAAGAGAAUGGAGUAUGGCAGAACAGGAAACUCCUAGCUUUACUAUCACAGGUGUACAGAUAUGAGGAGUACAGGUUAGGACUCCGUUGGUCUUUCCUUCUUACUAAGCCCUCAUUUGAGUUUGAUUAAGUCAUCGAUUUCAUUGCAUUUGUACGCAUUGGUUUAUCUUGUGAGCCUAUGAGGUGCUAACUCCUGCAUAUGUCUUCCCUAAUCUAGAUAUAUAUAGUAGCAUUUGUGAGAUGGUAUUUUUCUUUUGUUUCAAAUGUUCGGGUCAUUUCAAAGAACUUAUGUUAUAUUUGAAAGAAAAGUUGAGGUGAGGGUAUAAUAAAAUUUCUACUUAAGAUGA